AUGCGAAGGCUCCAGAUCUUCGGGCUUCCUGAUCUUCUCCGGGGGAGGGGAGUCGCUAGGGCAAGGUUCGGUUCCUCUUGGGCGGAUCCCGAGCUCGCCGUCGCCGCCACCGUCGCCACUUGCCCUUCCUCGCCGUCCAAGGCUCAGCAGAAGAAGCUCGCCUAUCGUCUUUCGUCCGUCGUCGACGCGGUCAAUGAGCGGAAACUUCCGGCCGAGCUCCGAGGGCGAGAGAACGCGAUCAGGUAAUUUCUCUGGAGAUCACUUCUGUUUCUCCUCGAGGUUUGGGUCGGAAAUUUGAUUCAAUCAUCUGAAAUCUGAUCGUCUAUUAGAUAUUUUGAUUCAUCUUCUAGAAAGAAAAAUCAGAAACAUGAAAUACGAAUCUGCAUACCAACUGCGUUGAGAGAUGCUGCAGCGAGUUGAGAGAUGCUGUUCUGAUUCCGAUCAUUUUUUUGUCGACGAGUACUUAUCGACUGUGCCUCGUUUAAUUUCUGUAGAACUUCCGAUUCAGAUAAUCUUUGUUGGACGAUCGGACCAGGUAGAAUGAGUUCGUUCUCUCAUUAUUGCAGUAAAAUUGAAAAUUAUGUGUUCGAUGCGAGCGCAGCAUCAGUCUAAGUCCAAUAUGGCACCACUGUGCAGAAGCUCAAUCGUAGAAAAAUGGAUUGCGGGGAAGAACCGAAUAGUCUUUCCAGUCCAUAAAAUUAGCAUAUUAAAAAAAAGUCAACCUCCAGAGUCAAGAUUUUCAGUAAUAAUAACUUGAAUCCUAAGGGAACCACUCCUUGAAACUGUUCCUCCAUUCAUAGGUGGAACAUCAGAUGGUUUCAUCGGCAACCAUCAUGAUUGGAGCUAGGGGGAUGAUUUCGUCGCUGGUGUGGAACUAAGCUCGACAACUUACCCCGUCUUCAUCGUCUCCCGCUGGAUCUUCGUUUCGCCGGCAGGUCGGAGACCGACAUAGCCAACGUGGUUGAGCAGAGGAUCUGGCGCUCCAUGGAGGAAGGCCAGUUCGAGAACCUUCCCGGGAAGGGCAAGCCCCUCGACCUCGCCGACAACCCCCACGCCGACCCUGCCGAGGACACGCUGUACAGGAUCCUCUCCAGGAACGGCUGCGCACCGGAGUGGAUCGAACUGAACAAGGAGAUCCGCCGGAGCAUCGGAGAAUGGCGGGUGGCCCUGAGGAAGGCCCUCCCCCCCCCUCCGCCCGACGGCGACGAUGAUCCCCUCUGCUUCGAGCACUCGCAGCCCCUCAAAUCUCUGAUGGCCAACAUCAACUCCAAGGCAAUGCCCCAGCUCCCUCCUCAUGUAUAUCACUAAAUAAUAAUUUUCAAUUUAAUUUUAAUUUUUGUUUUGGUUUGUGGGGUUGGUUGCAGAUUCUGAGGUACAAUCUGAUGGUGCCGUUCGGGCGGCAGAUGUUCGGGCUGAAGUGGGAGAGGGAGAUAGAGAGACUGAGGGAGGAGAGAUCAUGCUCAGAUGUAGGGGGUGAAGGGUCCACGGAUUGA